CUCGUUGUUCGGGAGUCUGCCUCGCGGGGACGGCCGGCCCCCGGGGGAGGGCAGCGAGCCCAGGGCGUAGGCCGAGGGCGCGUGGUGGAUCGGGAGACGAGGUGAGGAGCUCGGCCGGGACCCGGCGCGGGAUUGUGUGCGGCCCGGAGCGGGGAGCCCUUGGCGGCCGCCGGCUGGAGCCGUCGGUCCUGCGCCUCCCUCGCGCGAGGACGCUGUCCUGGCCCCGAGUCUGUCGAGGAAGAUGAAGUUAAGCCGCCAGUUCACCGUGUUCGGCAGCGCGAUCUUCUGCGUCGUGAUCUUCUCGCUCUACCUGAUGCUGGACAGGGGUCACCUGGACUACCCUCGGGGCCCGCGCCAGGAGGGCUCCUUCCCGCAGGGCCAGCUUUCAAUCUUGCAAGAAAAGAUAGACCAUUUGGAGCGUUUGCUAGCCGAAAACAAUGAGAUCAUCUCAAACAUCAGAGACUCGGUCAUCAACCUGAGUGAGUCCGUGGAGGAUGGCCCAAAAGGUGCACCAGGCAACGCCAGCCACGGCUCCGCUCACCUCUCUUCGCAUUUAGCCCUGCAGGCCGACCCCAAAGACUGUCUGUUUGCCUCACGGAGCGGAAGUCAGCAUCCGGACGUGCAGAUGUUGGAUGUGUAUGAUCUGAUUCCUUUCGAUAAUCCAGAUGGCGGAGUUUGGAAGCAAGGAUUUGACAUAAAGUACGAAGCGGAUGAAUGGGACAGUGAGCCCCUUCAAGUUUUCGUGGUGCCUCACUCCCAUAAUGACCCAGGUUGGUUGAAGACUUUCAAUGACUACUUUAGAGACAAGACUCAGUAUAUUUUUAAUAACAUGGUCCUAAAGCUGAAAGAAGACUCAAGGAGGAAGUUUAUGUGGUCUGAGAUCUCUUACCUUGCAAAAUGGUGGGAUAUGAUAGAUAUUCCGAAGAAGGAAGCUGUUAAAAGUUUACUACAGGGAGGUCAGCUUGAGAUUGUGACAGGCGGCUGGGUUAUGCCCGAUGAAGCCACUCCACAUUAUUUUGCCUUAAUUGACCAACUGAUUGAAGGGCAUCAAUGGCUGGAAAAAAAUCUAGGUGUGAAACCUCGCUCGGGUUGGUCCAUAGAUCCUUUUGGACAUUCACCCACAAUGGCUUACCUUCUAAAACGUGCUGGAUUUUCACACAUGCUCAUCCAGAGAGUCCAUUAUGCGGUGAAAAAACACUUCUCCUUGCAAAAAACUCUGGAAUUUUUCUGGAGACAGAAUUGGGAUCUCGGAUCUGUCACAGAUAUCAUGUGCCACAUGAUGCCCUUCUACAGCUAUGACAUCCCCCACACCUGUGGACCUGAUCCUAAAAUAUGCUGCCAGUUUGAUUUUAAACGGCUUCCUGGAGGCAGAUAUGGUUGUCCCUGGGGAGUGCCCCCAGAAGCAAUAUCUCCUGGAAAUGUCCAAAGCAGGGCACAAAUGCUACUCGAUCAGUACCGGAAAAAGUCAAAACUUUUCCGUACUAAAGUUGUUCUGGCUCCACUGGGAGACGAUUUUCGGUUCAAUGAAUACACAGAAUGGGAUCUGCAGUACAGGAACUAUGAGCAACUCUUUAAUUACAUGAAUUCGCAACCCCAUCUUAAAGUAAAGAUCCAGUUUGGAACUUUGUCAGAUUAUUUUGAUGCAUUGGAGAAAGCGGCAGCUAAGAAGAGUGGCCAGUCCCUGUUCCCCAUCCUGAGUGGAGAUUUCUUCACUUACGCCGACCGAGAUGAUCAUUAUUGGAGUGGCUACUUCACAUCCAGACCUUUCUACAAACGAAUGGAUAGAAUCAUGGAGUCUCGCUUGAGGACUGCUGAAAUUCUUUACCAUUUGGCCUUGAAACAAGCUCAGAAAUACCAGAUAAAUAAAUUUCUUUCAUCACCGCAUUACACAACACUGACAGAAGCCAGAAGGAACUUAGGACUAUUUCAGCAUCAUGAUGCUAUCACAGGAACCUCGAAAGACUGGGUGGUGGUGGAUUAUGGUACCAGACUUCUUCAAUCUUUGAAUUCUUUGGAUAAGAUAAUUGGGGAUUCUGCAUUUCUUCUCAUUUUAAAGGACAAGAAGAUGUACCAGUCUCAUCCUUCUGACACCUUCUUAAAAAUGGAUAUGAGACAAAGUUCACAAGAUUCUCUGCCAAGAAAAAAUACAAUUCAACUGAGUGCACGGGAGCCAAGGUACCUCGUGGUCUACAAUCCCUUUGAACAAGAACGGGACUCAGUGGUAUCCGUCUGUGUGAACUCUGCCUCCGUGAAGGUGUUGACCGAUUCAGGAAAUCCUGUGGAGGCUCAAGUCAGUGCAGUCUGGAAUGAUGAGAAAUCUAUUUCACAAACAGCCUAUGAGGUUUCUUUUCUAGCUCAUAUACCACCACUGGGACUGAAAGUGUAUAAGCUCUUAGAAUCACAGAGUUCAAGUUCACACCUGGCUGAUUAUUUCCUAUAUAACAAUGAUGGAGUAGUGGAGAACGGAAUAUUCCAUGUGAAGAAAAUGGUGUACGCGAAGGAAGCCAUCGCUGUUGAGAACUCCUUCCUUGCACUUUGGUUUGACCGCUCCGGGCUCCUGGAGAAAGUGAAAAUGAAAGAAGACAAUAAAUACCAUGAAAUAAAGGUGCAGUUCCUGUGGUAUGGAACCACAAAUAAAAGAGACAGAAGUGGUGCCUACCUCUUCCUGCCUGACGGGCAAGGCCAGCCAUAUGUAUCCCUGCGACAGCCCUCUGUCAGAGUGACGCGUGGAAGGAUCUAUUCAGAAAUAACGAGCUUCUUUGAUCAUGUCACUCACAAAGUCCGACUGUACAAUACACAGGGAAUAGAAGGACAGUCCAUGGAAGUCUCUAAUAUUGUGGACAUCCGGAGUGUACAUAACUACGAGAUUGUCAUGAGAAUUUCAUCUAAAAUAAACAGCCAAAAUAGAUUCUAUACUGAUCUAAACGGAUACCAGAUUCAGCCCAGAAGGAUGAUGAGCAAACUGCCCCUUCAAGCCAACGUUUACCCGAUGAGCACCAUGGCCUACAUCCAGGACACUGAGCAUCGGCUCUCUCUGCUCGCUGCUCAGUCUUUAGGCGUGUCCAGUAUGGCUUCUGGUCAAAUUGAAGUCUUCAUGGAUCGAAGACUCAUGCAAGAUGAUAACCGCGGCCUUGGGCAAGGCGUACAUGAUAACAAGGUUACAGCGAAUUUGUUUCGCAUCCUGCUGGAGAAGAGAAAUGGAGUGAACCUGGAAGAAGAGAAGAAGAGCUCAGUCAAUUAUCCUUCCCUCCUCAGUCACAUGACUUCAUCCUUCCUCAAUCAUCCAUUCCUUCCCAUGAUACUAAAGGCCGAGCCCUCCUCACCCACCUUUAAGAUGCUGAGUGAAUUCCCUCUGCUGCAGUCGUCUCUGCCUUGUGACAUCCAUCUGGUUAACUUACGAACAAUACAGUCAAAGGUGGCUAAAGGCUAUUCAGAUGAGGCAGCCCUAAUCCUCCACAGGAAGGGGUUUGACUGCCAGUUCUCCAGUCCAGGCUUGGGGCUGUCCUGUUCGACCACUCAGGGAAAGAUGUCAGUUCCGAAGGUUUUCAACCAGUUUGCUGUGGAAAGUCUGAUCCCCUCCUCACUGUCCUUGAUGCACACGCCUCCAGAAGCCCGGAAUAUGACUGAGAUCAAGUUGAGUCCCAUGGAAAUCAGCACAUUCCGAAUCCGCCUGCGGUGAACCUCACUUUGAGAUCUGAGUGGAGAACCUCUGGCGUUGUCACCGUCCUUGGUUUAACGUGCAAUAACUAAGCACAUUACUUUAGCUUCUGGCUACUGUGAGAACAUGAGUUCUGUGAUUUUUUUUUUUAAACCAGUCUAGUAAGAAGAAAAAAAAGAAGAAAAAGCCAUGCUUUCCAAAAGGUUUCAUUUUCAAAGUUUGUCCCACAACUACCAUUAUCAGUGUGAAUAGAUUUAAUGAGGAAAAUGAGGAAAUAUUGAAAGACAACCCCUCAACAGACUGUAUCUCAGGUUAAAUGCUAACUAAUUAGGUUUGCACUGAGGGUUGUAAAGAGACUCUUAGAAGGGUUCAUGUUUCUGAUCAUUCGUUUUAUAAAACUACCCAUUUGACCUAAAUGGAAAACAAAAUCAGAAGUUGGUAGAUAGUAGCUUAACGACCAAAAUAGUUAUCAUUGAUCAUUGGUACAAAUUUAAAUUUUUUGUGUAGUAAAAUGUGUGGAAAAGUGCAAUCCCUCAACCCUUACGAUAAAGGUAGUUGAUUUCAUACUCUUCCCCAAUGAACUUCUUGACUACCCAUACAUUUAAAAAAAAAACAAAAAAACAAAAACUGGUUUUUUUAGUCAUUCGCCAGUAGAAGAAGAGGCAUAUUUUCAUUACUUGACAACGUGGGAUAGGUGCAAUUUAUUCCAUUGUCACUAAAACGGACGAAGCGACUCCAUUUUAGGUACCACAAGGUGUUUUUUAAACAGCUCAUUUGAAUACAGGUAUUCCAAGGCGGGGUUUUCUAUUUUUAAAUUACCAUAUCAAAAAUAAAUGUGCCUUAUUUUUUUACAAGUCUUGGUAAAUCUUUUGGUGUCCACAUUACUGUUUGGGAAGGGGGAGGUGCUGGGAGGGUGGGUCAGGGGCGGGUACUUUCUAUGACACAUAAAUUAUGUAACUUUUCCUUGAUAAUGCUGGCCACAUUCUGAUCUGUUUCAUUAAAUUUGUGGUGGUGUUACUCUAAACAUUUUGACUAUUUGAAUGUACUGAGAUGUCAGAAAAACAAAACAAGGAGAAAAAUAUUGCUAAUUAAAAUAUGCUGCUGCCAAGGAAACUGCAACUUGAAGCAAGGAGUUUCUAACACGAGAUCCAAAUACUGUUUGCAUUUCACAGUAGUUAACCAUAUUAAAGAGAGAAUGCUUUAAAAUAGACUGUCUUACAGUCCACUGUGUGUAGCUCAUCUUGAUGUUUCUCACUAAAGAAUAUGUUCCAAACUUCGUGUGUGAUAAACUCAGCGUGUCGUUCUAGCCCGUGUGCCAUCACAGAACGUUUGAGUUAAGUUGGGGUCAUUGUUUCUUUAAUAUAAUAAUGGUAUUUAAUUUCAGUACAGAAAGAAAUCUCUGGCUCUUCACGCUUUCAAAAAGUUCUCUUCAGUGUCUUAACCUAAUUUAGCAUUAUUUGACUUUACACUUCCAUUUACCUCUUGUCAUUCCAGUACCCUUACAGGGAAGAUCAUUCCUGUCUCAGCAUUUAUUCUGACAGUCAUCUCCUACACUCACUGUUCUGUUGAGUUCAUACCAGAGUUGACAAGAAUACCGCAAGGGUAUCAUUUCAUGCAAUAAGCAUCUGACGUACAUUCCCUCCCUCAUUCGUCAGGGAAUAAGCAGCUAACGUACAGCAGAGCGCUUCCUUCUGUAGACCUUAUGGACAUUAGCUCGGAUGGCCGAGCGCAGGUCCCAGGGAGGUGAUUAGUAUUCCUGAUGUAUUUUAUGUGGGAACCUUCCUGUGGAUGGCCACCGUGUUCUCUGAUCAAGUGGCUUAAUCACUGCAGAAAUUCUGAUGGGACAAAAUGAGAACUACUGCAGGAACAGUGGAUCUGCCCUGGGUUGCUGCCACCAGCCACUUACUCACAGGUAAAGCAGAAAUUCCACUCAACCAGCAAGCGUCUGCUCUUUAGAGUGAUUUUCAGACUACAACAUCAGGGAAAUGAAGAGAGCGUGUUUUUGCUUUGGGUAAUGGUCAAGAACUAACUAAAUAAUUCAGUUUCUCUGGCACACAUGAACAGCCAGCCACAUUUCAGUCAUGACCUCUGGUCUGUUUGGUUAGGUUUUAUUACAUGUAUCAUCAUAGAUGGUCAGUGGACCGAGUAAUUGUUUCACUGCUCUCUCCCUACAUUUUAAAAUUUUAAUUUUGUUUGGAGGUGCGUUGUUCAAAUAUCAGACUUCUUGUUUUCUAAAGAUAUUGAUUUAAAUAAAAUGAUGUAAGAUGUUAUAAAACAUUGUAAUUAUCUUCCUGUGUCUUUGUACUUGUGCUGAAAUGUUUUCACAGUUCUUGUCUAGAAGAAAAAUGUUUACUUUGAUUUUGAUUAUUUUGCUCAUUGAAAUCAACAGGUUUUGAUAUUUUUCUCAGAAGAUUUUUAUAACUUUUUGGGAAUAUGUAAUAUAAGAUCUCUAAUAAAAUAUAAUCUUACCAUG